UGAACCACACAUUUUUCAUUACCGCCGUGAUAACACACUAACACCACCACUUCAUCAACUUUACUUGACAACAAUAUUGUAAAACUCAAAAUCUAGUUUCAUACUUUUUUUCUUCUUCUUGAAAUGGCUCUCCAGGCUGCUUCUCUUGUUCCUGCUUCUUUCUCGGUUCUUAAAGAGGGAAAGAGUGGUGUGUCUCUCAAGGACUCCACCUUGUUCGGUCUUUCAUUUUCAGAACCUAUCAAAGCUAACUUCAGCUCUUCUGCAUUGAGGUGCAAGAGGGAAUUCGAACAAAAGCUCUGUGCUGUGAGGGCCGAAACAGUGGCUACAGCCUCUCCAGCAGUUACCAAGUCUACACCAGAAGGCAAGAAAACAUUGAGGAAGGGCAGUGUUGUGAUAACUGGGGCUUCAUCUGGACUAGGCCUGGCCACUGCUAAGGCUUUGGCUGAGACGGGAAAAUGGCAUGUAAUAAUGGCCUGCAGGGAUUACCUCAAAGCUGCAAGAGCUGCAAAAUCCGCUGGCAUGGCUAAGGAAAACUACACCAUCAUGCACUUGGACCUUGCCUCGCUCGACAGUGUCCGCCAAUUUGUUGAUAACUUCAGAAGAUCAGAAAUGCCGUUAGAUGUGCUGGUUUGCAAUGCUGCUGUUUACUUGCCAACUGCUAAGGAACCUACCUUCACUGCUGAGGGCUUUGAACUUAGUGUUGGGACAAAUCAUCUGGGGCAUUUCCUCCUCUCGCGCCUGUUGCUUGAGGACUUGGAAAAAUCCGAUUACCCUUCAAAGCGCUUGAUCAUCGUUGGUUCAAUAACAGGGAACACAAACACAUUGGCUGGUAAUGUACCUCCCAAGGCUAACCUUGGUGACUUGAGGGGACUUCAGGGUGGUUUGAAUGGGCUAAACAGCUCAGCCAUGAUUGAUGGUGGAGACUUCGAUGGUGCCAAGGCGUACAAGGACAGCAAAGUCUGCAAUAUGCUCACAAUGCAAGAAUUCCACAGACGAUUCCAUGAGGAAACUGGAAUCACAUUUGCUUCCCUUUACCCCGGUUGCAUUGCCACAACAGGCCUGUUCAGAGAGCACAUUCCCUUGUUCAGAACUCUGUUCCCUCCAUUCCAGAAGUACAUAACCAAAGGCUAUGUCUCAGAAGAUGAAGCAGGAAAGAGACUUGCUCAGGUUGUAAGUGAUCCAAGCCUAACAAAAUCUGGUGUUUACUGGAGCUGGAACAAAGCAUCAGCUUCGUUUGAAAACCAGUUGUCUCAGGAGGCCAGUGAUACAGAGAAGGCUCGUAAGAUCUGGGAGAUUAGUGAGAAACUUGUUGGUUUUGCCUAAGUGGGAGGAGCCUCCAACAUCCCAUGUUGUUCUAGAGACCUUGCACUUGCAUGGAGGAAGAAAAUGACGUCUCAAAAGAGUGGAUAGAUAACAUCCUAUCAUUUUGAAUGCAUUGAUGUUGUUUUGUUAGCUAGGAGCUUCUUUGCUUUGAUGUAAGGUGUCAAUGGCUUUUUGUGAAUCAAGACUCAAUAAAAUCAUUCAGCCAUGUGGGUGUGGUGAAGUUGCUCAUAAACUUUCUGAAACAACAGUGCCUAGUAAACUAUAAAUUGUAGUGUGGGGCUCUUUUUUAGUUUUUCGUUAAUAGUCGUUUUUAAGUGAACUUCA